AUGCCUGGAGAUGUAGCAGAUGCCGAGACACCUUCCUUUCAAUACUUCUGGCAGCCUGGUUCUGGCUUCUAUGGCGAUAAUCUCGGAAGACUGACACAACCUUCGGCUGAGAUUUAUGAAGAAAUUGUUUUAUCUCAUAUCGAGGCCGUGCCGGUACCUUCAUCCAAAGGCGUGUUCACCAUUGGUGACUAUGGAACGUGCGAUGGGACAGUGUCUCUACGACUGAUACACAAGAUCAUCGAACACUUGAGAAACAAACAUGGACCCGAUCUGAAGAUUCAGGUGUUGUACGAAGAUCACGCAUCCAACGACUACAACAGCCUCUUCAAAACAAUUUACAGUCAAACCUCGUACAUGACCAAGUUCACCAACGUGUUCCCCCUGGUAUGUGGCACUAAUUUCUACAAGCAGUGUGUACCUGACAACACCUGUGACAUCAUCAUGUCCUCAUUCGCUACGAUGCAUUUGGAUAACGAGAGUUACGUGAGAUGCUCCAAUACAAUGUUCCCCUGGCGGUCGACAUCACAAGAGGAGCUGCACGCUCACCGCGAGGCUGCAGCACGUGACUGGCAGACGUUCCUCCUCCACAGAGCAGCAGAACUCAAACCAGGUGGACUUCUCAUCGAUGCUCAGGCUGCUCAACUCGGGGGGAGCAACCGUCCACAGACUCACACUUUGACCUACCCUGUCGCUGAAAACGGCACUGGAACUCAAGAAGAAAGCGCCCAAGAUAUUUGGACUUGUUUUGAUUUGAGCUGGAAGGAAUUGUAUGCGGAAGGAAUCAUUACAAAAGAGGAGUUCCAGUCAUGCACUCUUCGGAUGACAUAUCGGACUUCAAAAGAUCUCAAAGUUCCUUUCGAGAAUGCCGCCAUGUCUCCAGUCCAACAGGCUGGUCUCAACUUGCUCAAAGAACCAGAAGAGUUUCUCAGUCAUUGCCUUGUCAAAACACUAUGGCGACUAAAGCUACAGGCUGAUGGUGUUGACGACAGAAUGAUGUUUGCUCAACUUCUGGCAAAGGCAUUUGGUGUUGUGUUAGAUGCCACCUUAAGGAACGCCUUGAGAAACAUUCGACCUGCUGUGCUGCAGUUGUCCAUAAUAAAACGAUUCCAGCAGGUGUUUAUCCAAAAAGUUACUGCAUGUAACCCAGAGACUUUCAGAAGCGAAAUUGCUAUGAGAGUCCUUGUUGCACAGAAGUCAAAAUGAUUAACAUGCUAAUUGUGUAAUGGAGCCUUAUAGUGUGCUAAGUUCCUGAAGUCAUGAUUUUAU